AUGAGUGAAUAUAAUGCAGAUAUUCAACAGGAUGAAUAUGAUGAAUCAAUAAAAGAUGAUGAAAAUGACGAUAUACUUGAUGAUCUAAAUAAUAUAAAUGAUGCUGAAGAUGAUUAUCAUUUUAUUACUGUUGGUAUAUGUGCACAGUGGAAAAAAGUUAAAGCAAAACCAAUGGAAGAAAUUUUAAAUCGUUUAGAACAAUUUGAAUUUCUUCGUACAAUUGUUUUUCCUGAAACAAUAAUACAUGAAAAGCCUAUUGAAGAAUGGCCAUUUUGUCAUGUUUUAAUUAGUUUUCACAGUAAAGGUUUUCCACUUGCUAAAACACAAGAAUAUGCACGUCUUCAUCAACCAUUCCUUAUUAAUGACCUUGGUAAACAAUGGGAUAUUAUGGAUCGUAUUAAAGUACAUGAAAUACUUGAUGAUGCAGGCAUUCCACAACCACGUUACGGUGUCCUUCGAAGAUAUAGGAAUGAUGAUGGUACAUGGAUAACAUUGUCAAAUGUUAUUGAACAAGAUGAUCACAUUGAAAUUGAUGGUGAAAUAUUUCAUAAACCAUUUGUAGAAAAACCUGUAUCCGCUGAAAAUCAUGAUGUUUAUAUUUAUUUUCCAUCAUCAGCGGGUGGAGGAUCCCAAAGAUUAUUUCGCAAGAUUGGUAGUCGAAGUAGUGUUUACACACCAGAAAAUAGUAUUCGUAAAGAUGGUUCAUAUAUUUAUGAAGAAUUUAUGCCAACUGAUGGUACAGAUGUUAAAGUGUAUACGGUAGGCGCUGAAUAUGCACAUGCUGAAGCUAGAAAAUCGCCUGGACUUGAUGGUAAAGUUGAACGUGAUGAAUUUGGUAAAGAAGUUCGUUAUCCAGUUAUAUUACGUGCUGAUGAAAAAUUGAUUGCAAUGAAAAUAUGUUUAGCUUUUAAACAAACUGUAUGUGGUUUUGAUUUGCUACGUGUUGAAGGAAAAUCAUUUGUAUGUGAUGUUAAUGGUUUUAGUUUUGUUAAAAAUAGUACAAAAUAUUAUGAUGAUUGUGCUUCUAUUCUCGGGCAUAUGAUUAUGCGUGAACUUGCACCAACAUUAUCUAUUCCUUAUCCAUUAGCUUAUCAACCAGAAGAUCCACCGUUUGUACCAACUGCUUUUGGAACAAGAAUGGAACUUCGAUGUGUUAUUGCCGUUAUUCGACAUGGUGAUCGAACACCAAAACAAAAAAUGAAAAUGGUUGUGUUACAUCCAUUAUUUUUUCAAUUAUUUGAAAAAUAUAACGGUCCAAAAAAUGGUCAUCUGAAAUUGAAACAUCCCGGUCAACUUCAAGAAGUUCUUGAUAUUGCUCGAACAUUACUUAAAGAAUUGGAUGAUAAUCGAAUAACUAAAUUUCCAAAUUCAUCUGAAACAAAAGAAAAAUUACUUCAACUUAAACAAGUACUUGAAUUAUACGGUCAUUUUUCUGGUAUAAAUCGUAAAAUUCAAUUAAAAUAUUUAUCAAAAGGUCCACCAAAAAAAUCCAGUAGUGAAGAUGAAACUGAUGAUGUACCAAGUCAACCAUCACUACUGUUAGUUGUCAAAUGGGGUGGACAAUUAACUCAAACAGGCAAAAAUCAAGCUGAAGCACUUGGCAAAGCAUUUCGUAAAAUGUAUCCUGGUGGUCAAAAUGCUUGUGGUGAUCGACCUGAUGUCGGUCUUCUACGUUUACAUUCAACAUUCCGACAUGAUUUAAAAAUUUAUGCAUCUGAUGAAGGUCGCGUACAAAUGACAGCUGCUGCAUUUGCAAAAGGAUUAUUAGCACUCGAUGGUGAAUUAGCACCAAUACUUGUUCAAAUGGUUAAAAGUGCUAAUACAAAUGGUUUACUUGAUAAUGAUGUUGAGUCAACAAAAGAACAAGAAAAACUUAAAAAAACGUUGCAUGAACUUUUAGCAAAAGAUCGACAAUUUACACAAGAAGAUUAUGAUACAAUAGCACCAACUCGUACACGUUCAUUGAUUACAUCAAUGGAUUUUAUUAAAAAUCCCGUUGUUAUAUGUCGAAAAAUUAUUGAAUAUAUUCAUGAAAUGACUGUACUUAUUCGAACACAUUUACUUAACGAUGGAGAAGGCACACUAUAUCAUUCCGAAACAUGGGAUUUAUGUUUAAGACGAUGGUUAAAAUUAGAAAAAGAUUUUUAUAAUGUACAAAAAGAUAAAUUUAAUAUAUCAAAAGUUCCUGAUAUAUAUGAUUCAAUAAAAUAUGAUUUACUUCAUAAUAAAAAUAUUCUUCAAUUUUCACAUGCUGAAGAUUUAUAUGUAUGUUCAAAAGCAUUAGGUGAUAUUGUUGUACCACAAGAAUAUGGAAUGACGAUUGAAGAAAAAUUAAGUAUUGCUCGGGGAAUCAUUACACCGUUACUUCGAAAAAUUCGAGCAGAUCUUCAAUGUAAUUUAACCGGUGUUUUAACUCAUGAUGAACAUGUUAAUAAAUUGGAUCCAAGUUAUUCAAAAGGUAUUCAAUCACCAGGUCGACAUGUUCGUACACGAUUAUAUUUUACUAGUGAAUCUCAUGUACAUUCCCUUCUAACAUUAAUACGUUAUGGUGGUUUAUUAAAUACAUCAACUGAUGAACAAUGGAAACGUUCUAUGGAUUAUCUUGAUACAGUUUCAGAAUUAAAUUAUUUAACACAAGUUGUUAUUAUGUUAUAUGAAGAUUCAAGUGAAGAAGAAGAUUCUGAAAAACGUUUUCAUGUUGAAUUACAUUUUUCACCUGGUGCUUAUGGUUGUUUUGAUGUACCACCUGAGAUUGAUCGGGUUACUUCCGAUGCCAAUACUAUUCGUACAGUUUUACCUAAAAGUAAUCGAGAAGCAGCUCAUAGUCCACCACGACAACAAACAAAAUCACCUAUAUUAGAUUCAUUAUCAGAAACAACUCCUAUACCAAUAACAAAACCAGCAAAUCAAAUACCUACGAUUGUUACAGUUGAUUGUACUUCUCCAACUAUAAAUACAGAAAAAAUAAAAGCAACAAAAGUUACAGAGCCAAUGUUAUUGAAAAAUCAUCAUAGACAUAGUGAUGGAAUAAUAGCACAGGGUGCGUCUGAACCAAAUGAUUUUGAUGAAAUAUAUUCAAAUUCUGCACCACAAUUAACACUACAACAGUCCACAUCAUCUUCUUUAAUUUCUACUGAAAUUCAUCGCAAGUCAAGUACAACACUUGGUCUUUGUCCAUCAAAAGCUCAUCUUCGAUUUUGUUUAUUACCUAGUCUUGAACUUUCACGUCGAAAUUCGGAAUCAAUAUUAACACACAAUUAUUAUAAUACAAUUCAUGGUGUUUUACCGGAUAAAAGAAAAUAUAAUUAUGUUCCAUUAACUAGUAUAUUUAGUACACGAGUAAUUACUGGUGCAAAAUCAACACCCGAUCUUAAUAAAUUACUCGAACGAAAACAAGCAGGACGCAAUGGUUUAGUUCUAAUUUCAAUAAAAUUUCGUCUUCGUGCUCGAUUAUAUUCCGAUUAUUUUAUUGUAAGUUUAUGUCUAGCAGAUUUUUUUGUUGGUCUAUUUGUGAUGCCACUUAUGACCAUGCAUUCAUUAUAUUUGCAUUGGCCAUUUCAUUAUCAUCUUUGUUAUAUAUGGAUGUCAAUUGAUUUUACAUGUUCAACAGCAUCAUUUCUUACACUUGCUUCUAUGGCCUUAGAUAGAUAUUGGGCAUUAACUACACCUUAUUUUCAUUUACGUAAUCGUUCUUAUUCAUCGGUAUUAGUAUUUAUAAUUAGUUCAUGGGCUAUUCCAUUUGCCAUAUGGCCAGGUUCAAUAUUGAUUUCACAUUAUUAUAGUACAGUAAAACCAUCAUGUGCUCAUCCAGCAUCCCCAUUUAUUAUUGUUCUAUUAUGUACAUUUUUUUAUUAUAUACCACUAUUAUUUAUGCUUGCUUGUUAUUCAAGAAUUAUAGUCAAUAUAAAAAAUAUUGAAGUAUUAAUCAAAGAUAAUUACGGUACAAUGAAUUUAAAUUCAUCCAGUCAUAAUUUUAAAUCAUCUACUAUAACGGCAACAUCACAUUUUGAUGGUUCUGCUCGUAUUGAUAAAAGUAGUAAUACAACAACAACAGCAACAAUAACAACACUUUCAUCAAUACAUACUCGUUUUUGCAAAUAUUUUCAACGAAAUCGAACAAAAAAUUUAAUUAGAAAAAAAUCUAUACCACCUAAUGAAAAAACAAUUAUUAUACAUGAUGUAACAAAAAGUCGACAAAAUUCGAAUGAAUAUCGUCAUAAUACAAAUCAAAAAAGACGAUCAACUAUAGUUAGUCAAGGAAUAACAUCAAAUUUAAUAGUACCAAAAAUAUCAUCAUCAUCAUCAUCAUCAACAACAGCAACAUUCAAAGGACAAAAACGUUGUUUCAAUGAUAUGAUUGAAGAUAAUAGAUUAAAAAAUGAUCUAAUCAUCAAUCAAGAGAAAAAACAACAAUUAGUUCAAGCAUAUAUGAAUACUUAUAGAUUAUCAUUACCAGCUAUUCGCUAUGAAUCAUGUUAUUAUUAUCAACAUUCAAUUCCUACACAAACAAUAAUAACAAAAGCAAUUAUUGAAGAUCAGCAUAAAAAUAUUAUCAAUGAUCAUCAAUAUGAAAAUUCACGUACACAUUCUUUACCAAAAGAAUGUAGUCAAUCAUAUUCGCCAUCAUCCAUUGAAUGUCAUGGUAAUGGUAAUGGUAGUUUUAUAGCAACAGAUAUCUCAAGGCACGAUUCAUCAUUUGAUAAUACUGUGGAUGACGAACAUCGUCGUUUAAAUCAUCGUACUCAACCAUUAUGUUUAUCAAAACCAUGUAAUUCAAGUCGUUAUAGUCAACGUGCUAUAGCACAAUUUAUGCAUGAAAGACGUAAAGCAUGUUUACGGCGGAAUCAAAAAGCAAGUCGAAUGCUGGGUAUGAGUAUUUUACUUGCUGUUUUUCUUAUUUGUUGGCUUCCAUUUACAAUAUCUUAUCCAACAUCAAUAAUUUAUCCAAAUAAAUUUCCAAGUGGACUUCAAUGUAUCAUAUUUUGGUUUGGUUAUGCAAAUUCAUUAUUAAAUCCUUUUUUAUAUGUUUAUAGUUCACGUAAUUUUCGUCAAGCUAUUAUUGAAACGUUAUGUUGCCAUUUUCGAUUACGAUCACGACAACGAUUACGUUAUCAAUGGUCAUUUCGUACUGCUCAAAAAUAG